UUAGUCGUAAAUCAACUUUGAAGCGUUAUCUACUUUUAUAAUCAAUGUUUUAAUUGUAAUAUUUUUUUAACGAAUUUCUUCGAGAUGUGUUGUUUUAUCUAAAUAUUUAGUUAAUGUUUUUCAUGGAUUUUUUUCGAAAAGUACCUUGUGGCUUAACCUACCAACCAAGAAUUUGGAAAGCUUUUAUUUUCAUUUAUCGUUAAAAAUACACAGCAUGUAUUAUAAAUUAUAAAAAAAUUUCUACCUUAGGGUUUUAACUGUUUAACGUAUGACUGCGAUAGCAUGUGAAACACGAUUGCGCCCUCCAUAUAUUUUUACAUGCAAAAAACGCAACACCGUAGAACUCAAAGUUAAAAUUAGAAGUUUGAGUGACACAGUGAUACUAAAUAAAUAAUAAUAUGAACUAUAACCAACAGUCAACUACAGCUCUAAUAUAAAAUCCGACUAUAGUCUGUAACAGUAUCGCUUGACGCGCAUACCUACUGAUAUCUACGGAUAAGAUAAAUUAACAAUAAAAUAUUAUCUCGAUGAAUGGAGUGCUUGCUGCUUGUAUACGUAUAAUAUAAUAAUAAUGACUAAAAUAUCCAGUUUUCAUUUAGCUUAUGCCUUGUAGGGCGUUAUAGGAUAUCGAUCUUGAAAGUUGUAUGUCUUUAUGUUAUAGAGGCGGUAUACCUACGUCCUCCACAGAUAUUGGAAAAAUACGUUUAUCAAAAAAAAAAUAUGAUAAAUGUUUAUAAUACUGUGUAAAUGUGUAAUAAAUAUGGAUCGAAACUAGGACUUUCAGCUUCAACUUUGAAUUGACCACUUCGACUGUAUUUUUAAAUAAAUAUUUCAUUGGAAAACUGUUAGAAUUGAUUCGCAUUGUAUUUUUUCAUGUAUAAUGGUAGGACGGACGCUAUCGUGUUACGGCCGCUGCGGCAGGGGAUCGUUUAUUGUCGUUUAUUGUCAUACUAGUAUGCUGUGACCAACGGACAGAGGGUAAGAGGGGAGUCAAUGGAAUUUCCUUGGUAUUUUCUUUUUGUAUAAUACAUCCGUCGCACAACACUUAUACGCGCAUGCGUAAAAGGACUUAUGUACAGGAUAAUAUAAUAUUUUAGAGAACGAUCUUAAAACUCGUCUGUCGAUACGCAUCGGUCCCCCUUUUAUACACCAAACCAUACCGGUCGGUAGCCGGUCGACCACAAUCAGCGAUAGGCCGACUGUACAGUAACUGUAUAGCAUAUACUGUAUACGUAGUGGUAGCAAUCACAAAGAUUUCAGUAUUUGUUUUUGAACUGACGUUUACGUUAAAACGUAUAUUUUGACGAGCACUUUUGCAUAUUAUCUAUAAUUAUUUGUAUAACAUACAAUAUGGCUAAAGAUAUGGGUACUACAACCACAAUAUAACCAACGUGGUGACACAAUGCAUUUUCCAAUUGCCAUGUGUUUUUGGAAGACGCUGUAUACGCGCCACCGAGUGGUGGGAAUUGAACCAUGAAGGGAAAAAUCCAGCUAGUGGCACUCUCGAGUCGCGACCGUCUGGCGUCAGUGUCGAUGUGCUCGUAUAUUGCUGACAUACCUGUUGGCUUUGUCUCGGAUUACGGUCGUUCUGUCGUUGGCGUGUGAGUACAGUAAAAUAUUGUGUAUUUUCUGGCUACACCUGCCGCCGAAGUCUAGCAGAAAGACGUCCUUUUUAAGUGCAUUAUAACAUAUUUUUCUUCUUUUUUACGAAGUUUUCGAAAUUCAGUUUGGAUUGGUUACCUCUGCGAUUAAAGAAUAUAAUAUAUUCUGUUCCGUGACUGUAGGUGGUUGAAAAUUAUAUAAAAAUGAAUAGUGUAAACAUUAUCAGUUUGAGUUUCAACAACGAUCUUACUCGUUUUUCGUGUUGUACUACAACUGGUGUUCGAGUAUUCCAACUUGAACCUUUGAAGGCGCGAGAGAGGAUUAAUAGAGGUGGUGCAUUGAGUUGCAAGAUUAUGAAAUUUCAAUGUUUGUUCGCCAUAGUUCAUAGUUCAAAGUACUCAGAUUACUCUGAGAAAACUGUCAUGAUAUUCAAUAAUAUGAAAAAAGAUUUUGAGAAGACGAUUGAGUAUAAAUCAGUCGUAAAAUCUGUGCGAACGAGCCGUAACAAAAUCAUAGUUGUAACUUUGAACGAAAUAUUUGUGUAUACGUUUCCUGUAAUCCUCAACAACAUUCGUAAGUUAUUGACGUUGGGUACAUGCCCAAACCCGAUGGGACUGUGUGAAGUCACUCCUUUAGAAACUUCUACACAACAAAUCAUUGCAUAUCCUGGGUCUUAUAUUGGAACCAUUGAUAUUUUGGAUAUUUCAUGUCUUAAACGAAGGGGACAUGUGAAUAGUGGAAGAAUAGACACAAUAUACGGUGCUUACAUUGGAGAGAUUUCUGGUUUGGCUAUUAAUAAACUCGGUACACUUAUAGCUAGUGCAGCUUCUGAGGAAAUGUAUAUCAAAAUUUGGGAUACUUGUCGUAAAAUCAAAGUUGCAGAAGUAAGACGGGCAGAUAUAGCAACAAUAUAUUGCAUAAACUUCAGUCCAAAUUCAGAAUUUAUAUGCUGCUCAGGUGUCGAGGGUACAAUUGAAAUAUUUGCAGUGAUAAAAUUUGAUAUAAAUACUCAUGUUAGUCCAGAACCAUACUCAGCAUAUGUUGUAAGUGAACACUGUCAAAUACCGAAAUCUAUCGCCAUUUUCAGUAUACCUUCAAAAGUAGGAUGUAUUUGCACUUUUUUGACUCUAAAUACUGUUGCAGUAAUUGGCCUUGAUGGUGUGUAUUACAAGUUUGAAUACUCCGAUGAUGGUUACGGCAGGAUAAAGGAGACCCAAAUGUUAAUGUAAAAAUGAUGAUGAAAUUUAAAUGUAUUUGAUGACCAAAACUUUUAAAUAAUAUUUAUUUAUUGUAAGUUAAUCCUAAUAAA